AAAAAAAAAAAUCGAGGUCUGAAAGAGGGAAGAAGAGGUAAAGACGUCUCCUUUCCCGUUUUCUCCGCGUUUCGCCAAAUGUCGGCGACUGGAAGAUUCCUCUCAAUCUCCUCAAAACCCUAGUUAAGUCCUUUCAUUUAUAAGGCGGAGUCUUUUGGAUUCCGCUGCAAUAUUCUAGCAUUCGAUUUGUUUUCAUUUUGGGGAUCUCGAUUUGGUUGAGGAGAUGGAGGAGCCAGGGCAGCUGAAGAGGGCGUUUAUCGACGCGACGGCCGGAGCAAUCUCCGGCGGGAUUUCUCGCACGGUGACGUCGCCGCUCGAUGUGAUCAAGAUUCGGUUCCAGGUUCAACUAGAGCCCACCACUUCAUGGCCCCUACUUCAGAAGGACUUAUAUAGGCCAUCAAAAUAUACCGGUAUCCUGCAAGCAACUAAGGACAUAUUUCGGGAGGAAGGUCUACCGGGUUUUUGGAGAGGAAAUGUGCCAGCUCUACUCAUGUACAUGCCUUACACUGCAAUACAGUUUACAGUUCUGCACAAGCUAAAAACUUUUGCAGCAGGUUCCUCCAAGGCAGGCUGCAUGCUUUAUUUGUUAUAUUGGUGCUUUGCAGAGGAACAUCUGCACCUGAGUCCUUAUUUAUCUUAUGUUAGUGGGGCAUUGGCCGGGUGUGCAGCAACAAUAGGAUCAUAUCCAUUUGAUCUCUUACGAACAAUUUUAGCAUCGCAGGGUGAACCAAAGGUGUACCCUUCGAUGACAUCUGCGUUUGUUGACAUUAUAAGAUCCCGUGGUUUCCGAGGACUGUAUGCUGGAUUAUCACCGACACUUGUUGAGAUCAUACCAUAUGCUGGUUUGCAGUUUGGGACGUAUGACACGUUUAAGCGAUGGAUGAUGAUGUGGAACAGAUACAGAUUUUCCCAACUUGGUACGAUUAGGCAAGACGAAAGUCCUUCAAGCUUCCAGCUUUUCCUUUGUGGUUUUGCAGCUGGAACAUGUGCAAAAGCAGUUUGUCAUCCUCUUGAUGUUGUGAAGAAGAGGUUUCAGGUUGAAGGAUUGCAAAGGCAUCCAAAGUACGGAGCAAGAGUCGAGACUAAAACAUACAGUAGUAUGUACCAUGCCCUGAGCCAGAUUGCUAAAGCAGAGGGUUGGGCCGGUCUCUACAAAGGCAUAGUUCCCUCCUUGGUUAAGUCAGCACCUGCUGGCGCCGUUACUUUUGUGGCAUAUGAAUACACGUCAGAUUGGUUGGAGUCUGCAUUGACAUGAAGCGACGAUUUCAAAUUAUUCUUUUUCAUGAUCCAAUUAUUUUCCUAACUAAAUUGUUUUUGUAACUUAGCUUGAUAUAUAGUUUUUUGGCCACAAGAUAGAGUUGAGUUUUGGUUUAAUAGGGACGUUCAAGGACGGGUCAAUGAUUAAUAGCGCCUGCAAUUAUACGGCCAGAAAAAUGUAACUGAAUAAAUUUUGGAAAUGAAAAGAAGUUACAGAUAAAUGUUUCCAUCUU